UACGUGCGCAAUACGAAUAACAACACGAGACUCUUCUUCGCGUUGAUCUGUUUGAGAGAAGAAGAGCCUUUUGAAUUCGUGAUCUGCAAUUGUCUGGACGUUUGUUUUUGUUUUGUUUUGGUUUUGAAAAGAUGUCUAAUUUACAAGGAGAUUACAACCAGAAGAUCGAUUACGUAUUCAAAGUGGUGUUGAUCGGCGAUUCGGCGGUUGGCAAAACUCAGCUGCUGGCUCGGUUCGCUAGGAACGAGUUCAGCGUCGACUCUAAAGCCACCAUCGGUGUCGAGUUCCAGACUAAAACGCUCGUCAUCGAUAACAAAACCGUCAAAGCUCAGAUUUGGGAUACCGCUGGCCAAGAAAGAUACCGGGCGGUGACAAGCGCAUACUACCGUGGAGCUGUUGGGGCAAUGUUGGUCUACGACAUGACCAAACGUCAAUCAUUUGAUCACAUGGCCAAAUGGCUGGAAGAAUUAAGAGGACACGCGGACAAAAACAUAGUCAUUAUGCUGAUCGGAAACAAAUGUGAUCUUGGAAGCCUAAGAGCAGUGCCGACAGAAGAUGCACAAGAGUUUGCACAAAGAGAGAACUUGUUCUUCAUGGAAACAUCUGCUCUCGAAGCUACCAAUGUCGAAACUGCGUUUUUGACCAUCUUAACAGAGAUUUACCGUAUAAUCAGCAAGAAAUCAUUAACGGCGGAUGAUGAUGACGCUGAUGGGAACUCGAGUCUCUUAAAGGGGACUAGGAUCAUCAUUCCUAGCGAGCAGGAGACCGGGAAAAGAGGUGGAUGUUGCGGCAAAUCGUAAAGCUUUACUAGCGUUGUUGUUUAAUUUUUUGGUUUUAUUUUGUUUUUCGCCUUAACCAUUCGUUCUUGAAACGAAACAAUAAGCAGAGGUUUUACUAUAGAAAGAGCAUGAGGAUGAGCUCCC